AUGGGUAGAAGAAAGAUAGAGAUUAAGUUUAUAGAGAACACAACUAAGAGGAAAGCAACUUACUCUAAGAGAAGGUCAGGGAUUCUUAAGAAAGCUAGAGAACUCUCCAUUCUUUGUGAUGUUCAUGUUUGCCUCGUCAUGUUUUCAAAUACUGGAAAACUUGCUGAAUAUAUCAGUUCUUCUAUUACGAUGAAGGACAUUUUUGAUAGGUAUGAAAAGAAGACAAAUAUAGAUCUAUCGGCUUCUGAAUACGAGAUUGACAAUAAAGAUCUCUUGAAGAGUUUGCAAAGGGAAUUUAGAAAACAGGAGGAGAUUAACAGUAUACUAAGGGAAGAUAUCAGGUAA